AUGGACAUCAACUCGCUGCUCUCGCCGUCAGACUCGCCGGCCCGCGAAACACCUCCGCCUCACUCUGCGCAACCGUCGCCAUCCGCUCUGCGCUCGCCGAACAAGCGCGCCAUCCGCCACGUGCCUUCGCGUACGCCCUCGGGCUUAAGCCAGCAGAUCCUGUCCUCCUCGCCGCAACCACACGUCGCUAUCCAGCAGCUCUCGUCGCCGGGCUUCCACCAUCUCACCAAUGGCGCAAGAGCCGUCCACGGCGCAACAAGCACACCGCAGCCAAUGGGCUCGCCGCGCGAUGUGCGCAUGACCCCACCUCAUCCCAUGUUUCGGCAGACAUCGACACCGAGCAUGGACACAUUGGCAGACCUUGCGACUAUGCAGCAACAGCAACAGGCUGUGCGACAGACGUCUGUGGGCCGUCACAAGCGGCCUGUCACUCUACAACACCUCGGGCAGCAACUCUCCUGCGAUUCUGUCACCAGCAUCAUGUCGGAGCCCUCGCCGAGACCACGAAACUUUGCGACGAGAGCUCUGGAGCAGCAGCACAUUGAUUAUCUCAAUCAGCUGGACAUAACUUUGCUCGACAAUCCAUUCGACUACUACAGCCAUGUCCAGCUGGUCACCGGGAUUCAUCAGGGCUUCCAGAACCAUCUCUCAUCCAUUGACGGCGACCCGCAUGCCUAUGAGCUAGUACACACUCUGCGCGACGUCUACCGGGCCAUGUCAGACAAAUAUCCCCUUGGUGAGAGGCUGUGGCACUAUCGGCUCAACGACGAAAAGACACUAGCGCGGAACGUGGAGGAACGCAUGGGAGUACUUGAGCUCCACAAGCAGGCGACACAAGAUGAGCCCUACAGCGCGAAACUCUGGGCUGCCUACAGCGAAUAUGUCAGCUACCUCGUCGCGUGCUGUUGGGAACAGGUGCCGCCAGAGCAAUGGUCCGAAGAGGAGAGACUGAUUGGUCGCGAGCUUUUCAAUCCGCAGCUUUUGCUGGACACACUACAGCGCGGAGCCGAGAACGUCAAGUACAAUCUCCAAGAAAGCAAUCUUGUCUGGGAUCGCUAUCUUCAAGUAUUGGAAGAGAAUCUCGAACGAGGUGGUCUAGAUCGCGGAGGCCUAGAACAGGAGAAGGCUAGAGUCGCUGCAACCUAUAAUGAACGGUUAGGCCAACCACACGCAACAUGGAAGAACACCCGAUCGAGGUACAUCUCGUUUGUCUCGCGCUACAAUCUGGGUUCGCCAGAAGAUAUAAUGGACCAAGUCACCUCAAAGAAUUCGCACAUCAUACAGCAGCAGGCCAAUCGGGAGGAGUACGAGUUCAAGGUGCUCCAAGCGAUACAGCAAGGCGACCAGGACGCUGAAUAUCAUGCUGUGACACGGUAUCUGAAGUGGGAGAAGAAGACAAUGGGCGUUUACAGUUUUCACCUAGUCAAUGCGCUUUACGAGCGUGCGACGCUUCGAUUUCCGGUCGAUCCUUCAAUCUGGAACGACCAUGUGGAGUUCCUCAUCUGGCAAAAAGAUCGCUCAGUGGACCUACUCAAUGUGUUGGAGCGCGCAACGCGUCACUGCCCUUGGUCCGGGUCACUCUGGUCCCAUCGCAUACUGACUCUCGAGACUGAGCACAAAGCUUUCGAAGACAUCGAGCGUGUGAAGCAUACAGCAACUGGAACGGGACUCUUAGAGCAUACUGACAUCGAAGAGCUCAUCAAAGUACAAAUCGCAUGGUGCGGCUAUCUGCGACGGAGAGCUUUCGACGAUCCCAGAGCGACUGAAGAUGACGCAGAUAUUGCCGAAGUCGGGAUUCGUUCUGCAUUGGAGUUCGUUCGAGAGGUUGGCAUGAAGAAGCACGGGAGAGAAUGGUCCGAUCCAAGGUACCGUCUAGAGCGUAUUCACAUGAAGUUCUUCUCCCAACGUGGCCACUACGAUGAAGCUCGACAGAUCAUAGAGUCCUUGAGCGAGCAGCAAGCAGAUUCUUACGACUUCUGGUAUCGUUGGUACAUCACCGAGAUGAUUUUCUGGGCAUAUGGUGUAGCGCGAAAUGAAUGUCAACCUGGUCAGCACUUACCACCGUCACCACCCUCCCGGGCCACUGCAGUUCUGGAACGUGGUUUGGAACGCCUUCAUACCAUCGAUCAGCCGGAGCCUCUUCUUGAGAUGUACUCGAACCACUGCGAACAGCACGAGUCAGUAAUCAAAGUGCGAGCCUCUACCAUCGAGCGCAGGCGAGCUGAGCGUGUCAUUACGAUCCGGAGAGAAAAGGAACGUGCGAUUGCAGAGGCUGCAGCCGCCCAGCAACAAUCUCAGCAAGCCCACGUAGCUGAAGCUUCAGGGAAGAGGAAGCGGGAUGACGUUAACAAUGACAACGACGCUGCUUUGAAGAAGAGCAAGAUCGCAGAAAUCGAAGCGGCGCCUCUUCCUACGGUAUCAGUAAACGAGGACGUCAGAAUGGCCAGCGAGGCUCCUUCUGACGCACAGUCGACUGGGCCCAAGCGAGAUCGGGAGCACACUUCCAUCAUUGUGCGCAAGCUUCCUGCUGACACCACGCAAACGCGGAUACGACAGUUCUUCACUGACGCUGGCAUCGUCCGAAACCUGGUACUAAAGCCUGAGCAGGACAGCAUAACGGCCAUUGUCGAAUUUGAGACACCAGAAGAAGCCACCUACGCUCUCAGCAAAGAAGCGAAGGGUUUCGAAGGCCACAAUAUUUCCAUUGAGCGAGGCGAGAGCACGACACUGUACAUUACCAACUAUCCCGCGCACGCCGACGAAGCCUAUUUGCAAAAGCUUUUCAGUCCAUUCGGAGAAAUCGUUGCAUUUAGAUUCCCUUCUCUCAAGUUCGAUACACAUCGUCGGUUCUGCUACGUGCAGUACGCUAACGCUGAGAGUGCGGUAGCUGCAACCCAGCUUGACGGCACGGACGUAGAAGGGCUCAAGCUUGUUGCAAAGAUCUCCAACCCAACCGCCAAGAAACAGCGUGGCGGCGCCACUGCCGAGGGCCGCGAGGUCUAUAUCUGGCAUCUGAACUUCAAAGUCAAGCAGCGCGAGAUCGAAGAAACCUUCUCACGCUUUGGAGGCAUUGAGAGAAUAAAAUGUCCUACCAUCAAAGGCAACGGCAACAACAAAGGUUUCUGCUUCGUCGUCUACAACACGAAGGAAUCUGCAGAUGCAGCUGUUGCUGACAUGCACAACAAGAACUUCUGGGGUCUGGAGUUGCACGUAGAGAUUGCCAGCGAGCGAGGCGACUCAAAGCCCAAGAUCAAAUCGACUCUCGAGAACGCUGACAGUCCGGACACUCGCGAGACAACCCCUGCACAAGCUGAUUCUAAGACUGGAACCGUGAGCGAGCGCUCAAUCGCCUUCCUCAACCUCCCCGAUACAGUGCCUGACACGCGCAUCAAACCGCUUGUCGAACCCUUUGGCUUCAAGAAAAUCACCCUCGAGCCCCGACACGGUGGUGCUAUCAUCGAAUUCGCGUCCAUCGAAGGCGCGGGCAAAGCCGAGAUUGCUCUUCAGGGGCGUGAUUUCGAGGGCAGGAAACUCCGCAUCGGGACCGUCCAGGACCUGAAGAAGCAAAAAGGCGAAUGGAAAGCGAGCAAUAACUUCAUUCAGCCAGCGCGUGUGAACAGACCCAGUGCAAGUGUCCGGGGCGGAGGACGCGGUCGUGGAAAGCCCGGUCUUGGUCGACCUGCGGUACCUAGGGGCGCUGCGACUGCCAACGGAGAGGCGAAGAGUAACGCGGAUUUCCGAACUAUGAUUCUGAACAAGCACAAGAAAGACGAGCAGGGUCCGGAUAAGAUGGAGGAGUGA